CUUGAGCCGUUUCUCGAACACUAUAUGGUUGUUUUUUAAACACCUUUUAUAAAGGUGAGCUAGUGUUCGGUUCAUUACUUUAGUUCAAUAAAUAAUUAACUAAACACGUGUUUACUCACAAUAACAAGCGAAUGAAUUAAAAUGUGCAGCGUCUUCUGUUUAUUGACAAAUUUAGCAGCCGCAAUUAUAUUGGUGAACGGUUAUGGCGAAUACGAAUUCGCUAGAUUGAGCUUCGAAAGACUCGCCAAGAAGUACGGGCACCACCCCGAGGUAUAUGAAGUCGAAACAACCGACGGAUAUAUUCUUACUCUUUUCCGCUUGCCCGGAUCACGGAGUAUACCUGUCCUACUCCAACACGGCAUACUGGACUCGUCCCUAACUUGGAUUUUACGUGGGAACAACUCCUUGGGUAUCAGCCUUGCGAACGCAAAGCACGACGUAUGGCUGUCCAACCUCAGGGGGAACACGUUGUCGCGCAAACACGUCCGUUUAAAUCCAGACGAAGACCCGGCGUUUUGGGACUACAAUUUGGACGAUUUGGGCACGAUCGACCUGCCGGCGAUCGCCGACAAAAUAUUAUCAAUAACGGGAGCGAAGCGGCUGAACGCCAUUGGUCAUUCCAUGGGCAACACCAUCUUUUAUAUCCUCGGAUCUAGAAAGCCGCAGUAUAACAGUAAAAUAAACGUAAUGAUCGCACUCGCUCCCGUUUGCUUCAUGCACGAUCUCCAGGAACCGCUCCCGUGGUUAUUCGAAAAUGCCAACGACAUAAAUGCCAUAUUAGCUGAAUCGCAUAUCCACGAGCUAUUUGGCAGGACGACACCUCAGGGAUACUUGUUCAAGCAGAUCUGUAUGGACCGCGCCGCCGCGUACGACAUCUGCUAUAAAGCAGGCCUUUUCCAGCUAACCGGUACUAGCGACACUACGGAGAUAAAUCCAGACUUCACACAAGUAGCAAGCAAGUAUUUCCCCGCUGGAAUAUCCAGGAAAGUGGCGUUGCAUUACUCGCAAAUUGGGAGACGGAGGAGGUUUCAACGGUUCGACUACGUCACAGACAAUUCUAAAGUUUACAAUGCAAGCGAUCCACCAGAAUACAAUCUUGGUAGAGUAACAAUGAGGCUCGUUUUGGUGGCUGGUCAAAAUGACAAGCUGUCCAGUUUGAAAAAUGUAAACUUGCUGAGAAGCCGCCUCCCCAACGUGGUGGAUUACAUCGUGCAUCCGCGGAAAAGAUUCAGCCACUUGGACUUCACUUGGGGGAAGAGAACCAAGGAUACACUGUUCCCAUAUAUUUUCUACGUUUUGAAUAAAUUUUCCUUCCGCUGCCUAUAGUUUUGAAGAAAAUUAAAAAGUUCAUAAGUUAACACGAGCAGAGUUCCUGUGAGAUUUUUUAUUUUUUUUGUUAAUAUAGACAUGACUUCUUUGUACCAAUAAUUAUAAUUUAGUAAUAAUUAGUACAGUCAUUUAAUCUUUAACAAUUAAAAAUAUACUAAUAAUUUUACGUAAAGGUUCGUUAUUUUAGGUCAACUCGA